CGUGGUAGGGGGAGGGAGGGAGUGGGGGAAGAGUUUCCAAACUUGUCUCCAGUGACACGAGACAUUUACGCUCUGCAAGAUAAAACUGCCACUUACAGCCCAGGAGAGCUAAACCGUCCUGUGUUCGCCUAGAGGCUUGAGCGGAGUCAUGGAUUCUCUGGGGCUGGGGCUGUAUGCCGUCUUCUGCCUAGUAGCUCACUCUGUUUCUGGCAGUCCCAUCAUGGGCCUUGAGCAAUCGGCUCUGGAAGAGGACAUGCCUCUCUUCGACGAUGUCUUCUCAGAGCAAGAUGGAGUUGACUUUAACACACUGCUCCAGAGCAUGAAGGAUGAGUUUCUUAAGACAUUGAACUUGUCCGACAUCCCAACACAGGAUUCAGCCAAGGUGGACCCACCAGAGUACAUGCUGGAACUCUACAACAAGUUUGCUACAGAUCGGACCUCUAUGCCUUCGGCCAACAUCAUCAGGAGUUUCAAGAAUGAAGAUAUGUUUUCCCAACCAGCUAGUUUUCACGGACUCCGAAAAUACCCUCUUCUCUUCAAUGUGUCCAUCCCUCACCAUGAGGAAGUCAUCAUGGCUGAACUCAGAUUGUACACACUGGUGCAAAGAGAUCGGCUAAUAUAUGAGGGAGUGGACCGCAAAAUUACCAUCUUUGAAGUUCUAGAGGAUGAAGGAGACAACAAUGGUGAAAGAAGCCUGUUGGUCUUAGUGUCAGGGGAAAUCUAUGGAGUCAACAGUGAGUGGGAGACUUUUGAUGUCACAGAUGCCAUUCGACGUUGGCAAAAGUCUGGCUCAUCCACACACCAGUUGGAGGUCCACAUUGAGAGUAGGCACAACGAAGCUGAGGACAUCAAUAGGGGACAGCUGGAAAUAGACACCAGUGCCCAGAAUAAGCAUGAUCCUUUGCUUGUUGUGUUUUCUGAUGACCAAAGCAGUGACAAGGAGCAGAAGGAAGAAUUGAAUGAAAUGAUUGCUCAUGAGCAACUUCCAGAGCUGGACAACUUGGAUGGCUACUCCAGGGGACCUGGUGAAGAGGCGUUGCUGCAGAUGAGGUCAAACAUCAUCUAUGACUCCACUGCUCGAAUUCGCAGGAAUGCCAAAGGCAACUACUGCAAGAGGACCCCGCUCUACAUUGACUUCAAAGAGAUUGGAUGGGACUCUUGGAUCAUUGCUCCGCCUGGGUAUGAAGCCUAUGAAUGUCGUGGUGUUUGCAAUUACCCCUUGGCAGAGCAUCUCACACCCACCAAGCAUGCAAUUAUCCAGGCCUUGGUCCACCUCAAGAACUCCCAGAAGGCUUCCAAAGCUUGCUGUGUGCCCACAAAACUCGAGCCCAUCUCCAUCCUCUAUUUGGACAAAGGUGUAGUCACCUAUAAGUUCAAAUAUGAAGGCAUGGCUGUCUCUGAAUGUGGCUGUAGAUAGAAGAAGAGGGUUGUGGCAUAUUUAAUUAAUGUACAUGUGUAUAUUUUGUGUUCUAUUUAAUGAGACUAUUUAAUGAGGCUGUACAGAUGACAGGGCUUGCUGCCUUAGAAAGUGGACAGGUAGAUUUGUUGUAGGAAACAUGUAUUUUGUGUUACAGUGUAGUCCUCUCUAAUCUGUUUUUGUUCGGACUAGCCAUUUCCUGGCAAUGCCCUGGCUAAUGACAAAUGUCCACACUACUUAUCCUCCACAUAAACUUGGAAAUAGCGACCCCUGAGCAAAAUUCAGGGUCAAAUAAUACAUUUUUAUGUGUGAAUCUUAGCAUAGCCAUGAAUUCAUGAGCAUCUUUUGGUUUCAUAGAGGCAGGAUACACUCAUAUUUAUGACUCCACUGAUGUGUAUAUAUUAAAGGUCAAUGGAAUUUUCUCAGUCAUCUCUUCUCUGGGUACGAUUUGUGUUAGUCUUUUGUACCAGGAAGUUAACCAUCCUAGGAAACAGCAUUUUCUACUUAUUCUGGGAAUGUAAGUGUAGGUUUUGUCCUUUGAGUUUCUGGCAUUGCCCCUUGCAACUGGUCUAGUGAACUGCAUGUUAGACACAGAGAUCAAAUGACUUCAGGGAGCAAUGGCCCUAGAGAUAGAAUAGUAAAGAAUGAUCCUCCAGAGACCCGUGGGUUAUAGAGAACAGUGCCUGGUCAAGAAAGGAAAGGAGCGGGGACUUCAGAAUGAAAUCUCUACCUGGGAGUUCAGGUAGCCAGGCCAUGAGGAUCAGCACAGUGUUCAGGAGGUGGGAGGGAGCUUGAAGAGUUAAAGUGGAAAAGAUACAUGUAGAAGCUAUUUUUAGAUAUGGUUAUAAACUCAUGAGCAGUUCUACCUAGAGAAGU